CAUUAUUCUUCCUGGCUUGACGGUCGAGAGAAAGACGGUUAAAUACUUUUAAACAUUAUAUUUCAGGGUCAACUGCAACGUUGUACGCAUAUGUGUGCACUCGGUUGAUUAACUCAUGAAUCAGCGACAGACCCUGAGCACAUAAUGGAGAAACGCUCUGAUACUACAGGUGUUGGAGGUCCCCUUCCCCUGGCCUCCCUUCGCUUGAUGGCUUCCCCUCUGCAGCUGACAUACUCGUACAUAUGGCAGGUCAUACGGCAGAGAGAUGUGAAGCAGUAUGGGAAAGUGGAGGAGUUUGUGUCCAUGGUGACACAGACUGUUCCUGAGGUCAUGAGUUUCAAGCAGACUGCCCAGCUCCUUCUGGGGUUGAGAGCAAGGAUCAUUUUGGAUUUGAUUCACAAAGCGGGCCCACCAGAUUCCAAGGCUAUUCAAACUCUCAUAAAUAAGUUGAAGGUCUCUACAGGGAAGGACUCAGAAGUGGAAAAAUCUCAAACGAACUUCAUGGUGCUGGUCCAGAAUCUGCUCAAAAGCCCUGCUGAGAGGAAGCUUUUCUUCCAGGAAGUGUUUCCUGUUCAGUAUGGCACAAAGUUCGACACAGCGCUGCAGGCACUGACUGCAGGUCUGGUGUGCAAGCUGGAGCAACUUCUUCCUGUUCCCAAUCUCUCUCAGCUUGGUGCCAUGAUCUCCACGGAGCCCAGUUUCCUGGAGGCGUGUGGAGGCUUCAUCCCUGAACCCGGGGACCUGAAGACUCUCCUCCUGCACCAGCAGGCCAAGGGACUCCUGGGUGUUAAAGCAACCAUCUCGUCCUCGGUUGGGGACUGUGUGCUCUCUUCACUCGCCUUUCGGCCCAAACCAGUAGAACCACCGCCACCGCCACCACCACCACCAGAAUCACCAAGACGAUUAGAGGUCACUCUCAACGAAACAAGCCCAGCCUCCCUCAGUGACACAGAAGACUUGGGAGUGAUGUCAGAUGACUCCAAUAGCCCAGCAGCCCCCGAUACUGGACCACGGGGGAGAGUGCGAUACACUCAUAAAGCAGCUGAUGGAAAACCUAAGGAAAAGAGUGUCACAACAACAGCUCAGAGGGAGAAUUUGGUGCAAGAGACACAGGAACAGCCUGCCACAAUUCUACAAAGCAGACGGGAAGAUAAGGCACCAGCAACACCACACAAACCAGAAGUACAGCGGGGGCUGCUGCCAUUGAAGUCAAUCCCUUUCAAGGUGGUUCAAGUGCCGAUCAAACCCGCUUCCACCGUACAGAAUGCAGGCAGUGGGGGAACAAAAGAUGUCCAAAAGCCCCAGACUCAGCGAGUCACAUUGCAUCAGUGGGUGUCACAGAUUGCUACCAACUCGCUCUCACUCCCAGCACUGCCACCACUUCCUCCAGCCAGGUUCAGCGCAGGAGAUGACAUGAAGCCCAGCAUAAGAAGGAAAAAGCAAAUUAGGCCUCCGGCUGACAGAUACACCUGCAGUGUGUGCGACAAGAGCUUCCCUUAUCAGUCCAAGCUAAUGGACCACGAGCGCAUUCAUACAGGAGAGAAGCCUUUCGUGUGCACAGCAUGCAACAAAAGCUUCAGAACGCAGGCGUUCCUCAACAACCACCUGAAGACCCACAGCACGGCGCGUCCUUACGCUUGUGGCCAGUGCGGUAAGUGUUUCACCAAACUGCAGAGCUUGACGAAGCACAUGCUGGCCCACAGCGGCCAAAAGCCUUUCUACUGCAACAUCUGCAACAAGGGCUUCACACAGUCCACCUACUUCAAAAGACACAUGGAGUGCCACACGAGCCAGAUGACGUUCCCCUGCAAGCACUGCAGCAAAAGCUUCCCAACUGCUUUCAAGCUGUCGAACCAUGAGCGCUGGCACACCAGAGAUCGCCCCCACAUGUGCGAGCGUUGUGGGAAGAGGUUCCUCGUUCCCAGCUUGCUGAAGAGACACAUGGGCUACCAUAUUGGCGACCGCCAGUAUCUCUGCUCCCAGUGCGGAAAGACCUUCGUCUAUUUGUCCGACCUGAAGAGGCACCAGCAAGACCACGUGCCCAAAGCCAAGAUCCCGUGCCCCGUUUGCCAAAAGAAGUUCUCCAGCAAGUACUGCCUGAGGGUUCACCUGAGGAUCCACACCAGAGAGAGACCCUACCGGUGCUCCAUAUGCGACAAGACCUUCACUCAGGUAGGGAAUCUGAAGGUCCACAUCAGGUUACACACCAACGAGCGCCCGUUCAGCUGUGACGUGUGCGGGAAGACCUACAAGUUGGCUUCCCAUCUGAACGUCCACAAAAGGACUCACACGUGCAAGAAGCCCUGGACGUGCGACACCUGUGGGAAGGGAUUCUCUGUCCCCGGCCUUCUUAAGAAGCAUGAGCAGUUGCAUACGAGGGAUGCUAAUCCCGACUUCUCUGGCAAACGGAGACACAGAGGAAAGCACAAGCAGCACUCCCUCAAGAGGAAGUAUGAUGAGGAAGAUGAAGCUAGCGAUGAUUAUUAAUCAAAGAAACAUUUUGUAAUAAAUAAGCUCUGAUUUGGGGCUUCCUGGGCUGAUGUGGAUCACUGAUAACAGCUGGUCAAGUUUUCAAGUUUUUCCAGGUUUGCUAUCUUAAGGUGGGGAUCAGGUCAUUGUGUUUUUUUGGGUAGUGAAAACACAUUUUGAAUGUUUUAUUUUCCUGAUCAUUGAAUUUAAAGACUCCCAGUUUGAGUUAAAAUAGGUAUUUAGAUGACUCCAAUUGUUUCAGCUAAUAAAGUCCAUUGUUUCACUGCACUGUCAGUGCUGUUUUUCAUAUAACUAGGUGAUGUGACAAACUGAGUUUAGGUAAUGAAGUUACCCUAAGCUGUGUCAUUUUGAGAAAUAUAAGGUAGCAAUUAAAAAAAUAAUUUUCUUAUCUGUUUUUGUAGUUAGUAGUUGGUAAUUUUUGUUACCAAAAACCCUACGAUGGGUUAAAAGAAAUAUAAUCUUCCAAACACUUUUCAAGACGCUACUUGAAUAUAGCCAGAAUUUAAGAGAAAAGCAUCAUGUUAACAAUACAAUAAUUAUAAGUAUUUCAAUGCAUGUGACUUGAUAGUUUGUCUGGUAUGUAAUAAAAUGUUGUAGUGUCAGUAGGAAACAUUUUAUCUUGUUACUGUAUUCUUGUGGUAAUGAUUCAAACGUUUUUUUAUGUAACCCUGAACUAUAAACAUUACAAUUACUUUGCUUUUGUUUUAGAGUGAAAAUAUGCUGGGUUGUGUUUAUUAUGAUUUUACUUUUAAUCAGCUGUAGAUGUAGUUUUGUUAAUAAUUAUUUUACACAAGAAAACAUUGAGAAUUUUAACGUAGCUACCAGACAGUAAAGAUUAUACAAAUGUGUGAUGAGCUUGUGCUGUGAAUCUUAGCGUUUCCAUUACUUAUCCUACUGUGAGUAGGCAUGUAAAUAAGCCCAUUAAUACGUGUUCUCAAUAUUUUUUUGUUUUUGAUGUUUUGCAGAAAAAUAAAAAGACAUGGUAAAGGAC